AUGAGUACAGCUUGUAAAGUUUCUCUGGCUCUGUUGUGUUUAUUUGCUGUUGCGUCAUUCUUGGUCUUGACAGCUGUGGCGGGCAACAAAACCAAACAAACUUCGAGCAAUAUGGUGAGUCAAUUAACUUUCUGCGCGAGACCAUACCUUAUACGACUGGAACAAAUGAUAGCGCAAAAACUUCAAGAACAGAACUUUGCAUUUUGCGCAAUCCAAUAACUGCUAAAGAGUACUUUUCUGUGAGUAUUUAUCUAGUCUCCGUCGACGUGAAGGAAUGUCUAAACAAUGGAUCACAUCUUUCAAAAAUAGUGAAAGUCGUGAUAAGGUUGCAAAGCUCAGAGAUAAAUGUGUAACUGUUUCAAUAUCAAUUCAGAUAAUUUAGAAAAAACUGUUAGAAGUAACAAUUCAUUAUAAAUGACGGCAACUAAUACUUAACCCCGAUAUGGGAUAGAUUCCUUUCAAAAAUAGAAUGGUUUUCAUGACUUUAACAAAGUCUCGCUCUUUAUCAGCACAAAUAAUUUAGAUAGAGGGUUUAGGGAGCCUCUUAAAUCCAUCAACAACAACUAACUUCCUUUCUCGAUUAAAUUGUAUGUAUUGACCGUAUAUCUAACGAUGCGUUAAUGUAAAUUUUCUCCACAACACUUAACACAACGAGCCAACUAGAGUUGGGAAACGGGAAACGAAGGGGAAAAAUAUUUUAAGGUUAUUUGCAGACAUUAUGAAAUAUUCGUCAGAACUUUUUCGGGGGUUUAUUUUCCGAAAGGCUAGUGGGGGGAAAGGAAGGGGGUUAAAUUGUUUAAAUUGUGUAAUAAAGGCACACUACUUUUCUUUCUUUUUCUUUUUUUUUUCCCUAGAGGUGGCUAAGCAUCGCCGAUGAGACUAAAUCACUGAGGGAGUUAUUUUGCUUAACGCACAAUAACACGUUUUAAAGUAACUUUUUGUUUAUCUCUCUAGCAAUCUCCCCCAUUCUGCUGGUUUGGUGGUAUUCCAGGCAUGCACGGGUUACCAGGCCGUGAUGGACGUGAUGGCCGAGAAGGAGCGAAAGGUGACCCGGGAAGCCCGGGAAAGACUGGGCCUCGGGGACCUUCUGGUGUAAAUGGAAAAGAUGGUGGUAAAGGAGAGCCUGGUGUACGGGGCCCACCAGGUCCAAAAGGAGAGCGUGGACAGAGUGGACAUCCUGGGAACCCAGGUCUGAUGCCUUACAAAAACUGGAAAGAGUGCGCAUGGAAUAAAUUGAACGAUAACAAAGACAACGGUUUAAUAAAGGUAAAUUUUCAAGAUUUAAAUCUUUUAUUUGGUAUAAAAUGCUAUCGUCAUUUCUACUUUUAUCUUACCUUACCUCCUAUUAUGACCAAAUGAUGUGAUUAUUCUACGUUUAUCUCCCUCAUAUUUAGGACUGUGUCUUCAUCAAGAAUUUUUCUGACACAGCUCUUCACGUUGCCUGGACUGGUGCCCUUAGACUCCAUAAGUGUACAGCCUGUUGCAAACGCUGGUACUUCACUUUCAAUGGCGCAGAAUGUUCAGCUCCCUUACCCAUUGACGGUGUGGUGUACAUGUGGCAGGGCAACACUCAAGGUCUUCACCGCGUUCGCCAUAUUGAGGGGCACUGUAACAACAUUCACAAAGGAAAGGUGCGCGUGGGAUUCUGGGUUGGUAACUGUCCAAGUGGAUCGGGAAGCGCUGGUGACGCCUAUACAGGCUAUCAAUCUGUGUCCCGGAUCUUCAUUGAAGAAGCUCCUAAGGCUCAGGCCUAAAUGCCUAGGCAAAACAUCCAUUCUGCUAAGAUAAACACCAUCGCUUCCAGCCAGUUCCACAGAUUACUAGGAGGUCGAUUAUUGUAAUGGUAAUGGAAUGAUAACAUUAAAAGUUGCAGGAUGCUUUGCAAAGUGCGUGUUUGUGUUUGUUUUUUUUUUUUGUUUUGUUUGUUUGGUUUUUUUCAAUCCCCUCUGAUUAGAAGUCUUUCGCAAAUUAAUAGUCCUUCACGUUUUUAAUCCUUUAAAUUACCACUCUUUGAAUUCUCAUUUGAUAAGUGAAAAAGUCAUCUUGAUUUAUAAACAAAUUUCAUAAGAGAUUGAACCUAAUAUUGCAUUGUCUAGAAUAAAUGUUGACGUGAGAAGUUCAAAGAAAAGUUAUCCAUUCACAAUCGUAAUUUUGCCUUGUUGCUGUUGCAAAAUAAAAAGGGAAUAUAUGCAUAUAGUUACAGUUUUUGAAUGGAACCUUUAAAUACGCCCGCAGUUGAUAUGUCGGGUUAAAUUUUAAGAUAAAAAAGAGAUUAUCUUUUUUCAAACGUUUGAAAAGGUCUAUCUGUCGCUAGCUACUGCCACUUGAUUCUCUUAUGGUCACUUUUGUAUUGCAAGAAAUUAUGAUAACGACGGUAUUCCCCAACUCAGGGAAUCCUCGUUCCCAGGGAGAGAGAACCUGGGCACAAGGUUGAUAGAUCCCGUUUCUCGAAGUCCCAGAAACGUUACAGGCCAAAAGCCAAAUAUGGAAAUCAAUCUAAAGUAAAAAGCGCAGGUCCUAGCAAACAAACCGGUCCAAAUGUUUUGAAAACUGACAGUUAUCUGAGAGACUGUUGAAACCUAUAUCUUGACGUAAUAUAUCAAACAUGAGAUGCAGUGUUUCAUCACCAGAUGAAACACCGAGAAGAGAGUUGAAAAUACGACGCGCAGCGGAGUAUUUUUGACGAACUUCGAGGUGUUUCAUCUGGUGAUGAAAACAAAAUCAUUUUUGAAGGAGAAAUUAAGGAUGCAAAUACUAAGCAGUGUUUCAUCCGAUUUCCAAACACUCAUUAAACAUUAAUUUCCUUUGUAUUUUCUUAAUGAAUUAUUAAUGAGUUUGAGAAGGAUAAGUAAAACAGCUUUCCGGCCCAGUAAUUAACGGGACUUUCGAAAAACGGGUCCAAGAACCUAUUUGAGCGCGAUGCUCUUUCGAGUUAAUACGCCAUACUGAUGCGUUUAUGAUUACCUGGAAUGCAAUGAAUGACAAGACCAAAACUUGCAGUGGCUCUGAUAGACCUUUUUAAUCUUCGCUGAGAAUGAUUUCUCUCUCCUGUAUCCUAAAAUGCAACCCAGAAUAGUCAACUGACUAGAAUUUUACGUACACGGUAUCUACAAUGGAAAACCACCAUAACUGGACAAAUGUAGGCAGAAAGAAAUUCGAUGUGCUCCUAUUAGCAAUUUUGGAUAGUCUUGCAUUUUCACCAUGACUACCGGUUAAGAGUCCUUUCUGACGCGUAUGAGUCCUUUCUGACUCGUUCAACCAACCGUGAUUGAAUAUAUAAAAUUUAUUGAAACUAUCGAGUGUCUGUUCACAUGAGUCGUAAACUUUACAAACUCAGAUUAUUUCGACCAAACUCCCGAGUUAUAUUAUUUUGAUUUCAAUUUUAAAUACUAAUGCAAAGGGUUCAUAUAUCAAGAGUAUUUUUCAUUUUAAUUUGAAACUUUUAAACAAUAUGCACUAUAUUUUAACUGCACCAGUUCCAAAGCCUUGUUUACAAGCGAACACUGAACAGGACAAUUAAAGAGAUUUCUCGUUAAAAGUAUUGUUUUUCGUUUAGUGCGCCAUUUUUCUUAAAUACCUAGCCAAGAUUUUCUUCAAUAAAAAAAAAAGACUGCAUUAAGUUGGAGUCUUUAGUUCCCUUAUUUUUUUUUUAGAAUAUUUGGAUUUUCUUUCGAAUGUUUUCAACAAAUAUAAAAUAGGGAGGUUCUGUAUAAAAUUUUAGGAAAUUGGAAAAUAUUGGAUUUGAGGAUCUUAAAGAACUAAAACAUGAAGUGAAUAAUUAGUGAACAAAUACCAGAUACUCAACCACCACAACAAGGUGCCUCUGAGCCCAUUAGCAGACCAGCUGGUUUAUGUUUUCUACCCUAAAUUAUUUAUUUUCCAAAUCAACAUCAUUUCCCAAAAAAAAAGACAACCAGGAUGCCACCUUAAAGAAGCUAAGAGCUCUCCCUCAAGUCAAAAGAAAAGGUACCCUUUCUCCUCUCUUGCUCCUAUAUCUGUAUCAUGCUUCCUUUUUUAAAGAAGUCAACAUCCUUUUGUAAUGGGGUAGCCGGCAUACCAGGUACACCUGGGAUACCGGGUCGUGAAGGACGGGAUGGCCGUGACGGGGCGAAAGGUGACCAAGGAAUGCCAGGAAAUACUGGACUUCAGGGUCCUCCUGGCCCUACUGGUGCAAACGGUGCUAAAGAGGAGCAAGGUGCCCGCAAUCCACAGGGGAAGUCUGGAUCAAGUGGAAUGCUGGCUAACAGGAACUGGAGAGAGUGUGCUUGGAAAAACUUAGAUGAUAACAGGGAUCACGGUCUGAUAAAGGUAAGGUUAAAUUGUAUCCGCAUCAAAAUCCCACUUCGUUUGGUGAAUAUCACAUGGAACACUAGAUCAUAAAAAAGGGAAUUGGCCUCUAAUGCUUUGUUUUACACUCUCACAAACAGAAGCAUUCGGUGCACGAUUUAUUGGACCUUGACUUUGAGAUAGGUAGCAAAUAAAACACAACGAGUAGUAAAAGUUAAAAUUAUUCCCCGGCCAGUUUUACUUCUUUUAGGGCAGUACGUAUUUGUUUUUCGCUCUGUUUAUCUGCAUUUGCAGUUUAUUCAGAGUCCUUUUCUCCCAGUUUCUUCGCCGCCAUAGCAACGACGUCCACUUUUCUGCAAUUUAAGACCAUUCACUCUGAUCCGAUACAGUCGAUACGUGCAUAACGGUCGUUUAUCUUUGUUUCCAAACGACGAACUUGUCUCAUUUUUAGCAUCGUGUAUUUCAUGUCGCUGCGAAAACCAAAAUAGUGCGGAAUUGCGGCGGUUUAAAUCAGAGUAGAUUGGCAAGAAUUUUACAUUAUCUUUUAUUGUUUAGUGAUAGAUAACUGCCAUACGAUAUUAGCAAAAUUAAAAGCUUUUUUCAGCAAAGAACAUUCCAAAAUUCAGAGCAACAAAUUCAAACAAAUCGAAUAUUUCGUUCGAAUCACUCCAACUUCAUCAGCGUUACGUAACAGAAAGGUUGUUAUGUAUUUUUAGAAGAGGAUUGUAAACUUUAGCCAGGAGCCGGUUCCAUACUAUAAUCUAACCACUGCAUGUUGCAAACGAUGGCACUUCACUUUCAACGGCGCAGAGUGUUCAGCUCCCUUAGCCAUUGACGGUAUUGUGUAA